AUGACAGAACUAGUUGAGCAUGGCUUGUCAUACCUCGAACAAGAGGGAGGAGAUCAGUGGAACGAAGGUGAUCACCCGUUCUACAUUUUCGCUGACCACUGGUCCCCUCUUGUCGACAAUUUUCCAUAUGACCCUUUUCUCGAAUCCCUCUCCGCUCCUCUCGCCCCUGACCCGGCGGCUUCCACCUCAUUCGGUGCUCUCCAUGAGAUAGCCGAUAAUCAAUACAAGAAGGGCUCCCCGGACAAAGAUGGCGCCGCUGCCGCCGAUACUCCGAGCCUUGACCUUCACGACGGGAUGUCUGACAUCACCUCUACAAUCAUGUCCACUGCGGACCAAGAGCAAGGACCGAUCACUGUUGCAGAUGAUAGUGUCCAGAAGCCUACAUCUUAUGGCAAAGUCUCGAUGGGUGUUAAACUUAGCCGUGGCAGUCCACUGAAGUGCAAAUGGAAGCACUGCGAAUACACAGGUGGAUUUUCUCAGAUGGGAGCCCUGCUACGCCAUAUCAAAACAAAGCACAUCUCGCCUGGCUUAUAUGAAUGCCCCGAAGGAGAGUGCAUGAAGUCGUUCAAUCGAAAGGACAAUUUGAUUGCGCAUAUCCGGAAUGUUCACCGCGCAAUUGUUUAA